GAUGUGAGAGACAUUUAAAAUUGAGGAAGAGAGAGAGAGAGAGAGCAGACAGUGUAUUUCACUCACUCUUACACACACACAAACACACAGAGAGAUGAUCAUCUACCAAUGCUGUGGCUGUCUUCCUAAACCACCUCUGGUGUAACCUGUUGAUUGUAGAAGACCGGUGGGCUACAAGUCACCAUGGGGCCCUGUGACUACUGGUCCUGGACCAGCCUACCUCUCGCCAUCCUGGCUGUGCUUCUCUUCCACCGGGAUGCCAAUGGUCAAGAUUCUGAUUGUUUCCCGGAGAUUAGAGUGACACGGAACACAGUAUUGAGAGCUUCAACUGGGGAACAACUGAAGAUGAACUGUUCUGUUGAUUUCUGUUCCAACUCACCAACACCAUCAUGGUGUAAGUUUGAUGAAUCAAACAUAUGCCUAACUGUCAACACAACAACUCUCAUUCGAACACAGUUGACAAAUUUGACAAACACUACAUGGAUCUCAUUUCUGACUUUCAAAAACAUAUCCAGAGGUGAUGCUGGUCUAUACAGGUGUGAAUUACACACGGCUGUGGGUCAUUCUAUCAAUGUUAUCGUCUCAGAGAGAAUUGAAGACACCACAGAUUUAUAUCAGAACAAUGAAACAAACAGGACAGUGAGUCAGAGUGACAGUUUCCUGGAGUGGGUGUGGCCUUAUGUUUACUCCUCGGCUGGGAUUAUGGUGUUUGUCAUCGUGGUGAUAACCAUAUCCAUGCUCUCAAUGCAUGGUUGUAAAGGUGCCUGUCCGGCCAGGAAGUCAAGGAAAGAGGACCAAACAGAGAACCAGUAUAUGGCUAUACCAAUGACCCAGCAAGCAUUCCCACGACCCAACCUACAAUCCCACCACAGAGGAAGCAUCCGAUCCCACCAAUCCCAGGACCGGCCCCAAGCCCAGGCACAAGCCCAGCCCACCUCACAGCCGGACUGUAUCUAUGACAACGCACCUGCCAGGGGCCCACGUCGCACUCAUCCGGCUUCCGGCCAAGCUGCAGCCAAUCAGGUAGCUGUCCCGGUGGACACGGACAAUACCUAUAGCAACGGGAAGGAGAAAGAGGAAGAGAGUGAUAUUAUGUACGCAGCGCUAAACCAUCAGGUAAAGCCUCGAGCCGCUGCGCGCCCUGCACAGCCUCGGGUAGAGGGCUCAGAGUACGCAGCCAUACGAGUGUCCUGAGCCCUGGAACCAGGAAGUAAAACUCCUCUUCCCAGAGGGUCACAGUCCUACUGGUCUUUGUUUCUCCCUGAUUACGAGAAGGGGUUGCUGCGUCCCAAAAUGGCGACCGGAGUAUGGGCGAGUGGGUGUGUCAAAAGGGAAGUAGUGGGUGUGUCAAAUCGUCUGCUAUAGGUUAGACGGUUUUGAUUGCGCUGUAUUUUUUUCUCUUCCGUUUCUUGCCACUCAACCAGACUGUGACACACAACUAGGUGCUAUCAUCAACCAAAAAGGGUUAUUUGUCUGUCCUCAUAAGAGAACCCUUUGAAGAACCCCCUUUGGUUCCAGGUAGAACCCUUCUGGGUUCCAUGAAGAACCCUUUCCACAGAGGGGUCUGCAUGGAAUCUAAAAGAGUUCUACCUAGAACCAAAAAGGGUACUCCUAUGGGGACAGACGUAAAACCCUUUUGGAACCCUUUUUUCUAUGAGUGUACCUCACAUUGAGCUACCAUACUGCGAGAGUUGGGACAUCUGUUUUUAAGCCAGAGGAUGAGUCUGAGUGUUAGAAUUACAUGAAUAAUUGUACAUUUUCCGGUUUAAAACUGAAGAUUGUUUAUUGGGGCGGCAGCUAGCCUUGCGUUGGGUCAGUAACUGAAAGGUUGCUAGAUCAAAUCCCAGAGCUGACAAGGUCAAAAUCUGUUGUUCUGCCCCUGAACAAGGCAGUUAACCCACUGUUCCUAGGCCAUCAUUGUAAAUAAGAAUGCGUUCUUAACUGACUUGCCUAGUUUAAAUAAAUAUUAAAUAAAAACAUUUGAAGUAUUGAUGAUGGGUGUACUGUUGCUUUAUGGGUUGUACGCAUGUUCCUACUGUGAAUGUCACCAUGAUAUAUUACUGUGACUGUCACCCUGAUAUAUUACUGUGACUGUCACCCUGAUAUAUUACUGUGACUGUCACCCUGAUAUAUUACUGUGACUGUCACUCUGAUAUAUUACUGUGACUGCCACCCUGAUAUAUUACUGUGACUGUCACCCUCAUAUUACUGUGACUGUCACUUUGAUAUGCUACUGUGACUGUCACCCUCAUUACUGUGACUGUCACACUGAUAUAUUACUGUGACUGCCACCCUGAUAUAUUACUGUGACUGUCACUGUGAUAUAUUACUGUGACUGUCACUCUGAUUUAUUACUGUGACUGUCACUCUGAUUUAUUACUGUGACUGUCACACUGAUAUAUUACUGUGACUGUCAACCUGAUUUAUUACUGUGACUGCCACCCUGAUAUAUUACUGUGACUGUGACUGUCACACUGAUUUAUUACUGUGACUGCCACCCUGAUAUAUUACUGUGACUGUCACCCUCAUAUUACUGUGACUGUCACCCUGAUAUUGGCUACUAGGUAGCUACUUCCCACACCGUUGCUGGACAGUAGUGCCUGUCAUACGAGAGCGAACGGUACUGGGUCCGGUGUUCUUGGUUUUCAUGCGUGCCCUCCCCAUUGAGUAGUAGACUGUAUGUACUGUAUGUAUCAAGAUGGUUAUCAAUAUUAGUUACUUCUUGUGUAGGCUGCUGCCCUCUUUUAAAUAAAAUAAUUUGAGAGAAAACAUUGCCACGUUAGCUGCUGCCUGCAACAUGACCACGAUACCAGUGGCAAUCGGUGCCAUUUAAGAUUCUUAUUAUUUUAACCUUUAUUUAACCUGGCAAGUCCGUUAAGAACAAAUUCUUAUUUACAAUGAUGGCCUGCACCGGACGACGCUGGGCCUAUUGUGCACCUCCCUAUG